GUUAGCUGACAAUGUUCAUAUUAGACUUUCUGAUAUUUUAGUUUAAUAUCAUAAGCAACAAAAAAAAAGCCUUAAGAAAACACAAUCUCGUGCCUUAUAUAUACAUUUUAUUUCUAUACAUUUAAAAGUUUGGGGGAUUUUUUAAAUACUAAGUCGCAAUUUUUAUCAACGUACCAUAAAAUAAUAUAAACACAACAAAAUAAUGUCGAAAUUAAUAGCAAAAAACGUUAGUGUCUUACAAGAGUUAAAAGUUCAUACAAAAGAUGUGACGUGUCUUGAGUUUUGGGGUAACGUUCUACUAGUUACCGGAUCAAGUGAUAAGACGAUUCGAAUUUGGAAAUGGGAAGUCGGUUUGGGCUUCGUGGAAGAUUCAAAUAUAUCACCGUUAUUGGGACACAAGUAUGGAGUAACUAGUGUGAAGAUUUCACCAAAGGGAGGAGUCCUUGCUUCUUCCUCUGUAGAUGGAACUGUUCUUUUGUGGGACAUCUCAACUGGACAGAAAACCAACACCCUCUACCAAUUAAAUGGAGAAGCAGUUCGUUCAUGCUGUUUUAGUCCUAAUGGAUCUUAUAUUGCAUCAGCUGAUGAUAGUGGAGCGGUAUGCAUUUGGGGUCAAGAGAAAAAUUUAAUUAGAACACUUCAUUAUCACGAAGAAACAGUUUAUGCCUUAGCCUUCUCGGCGGAUUCAAGCAUUCUCUUGACAGCUUGUAACACAGGAAUGAUGAGGCUAACAUUUAUAAAACGAAUUUGUGAAGCUCAAAACCAUGAAUAUGAUUGUGGAAUUGAUCACGCUCAUGAUCUUGGAGUUGUAUAUGCUGAUUUCUGUAAACUUAUUCAUACAGAUCCUUUAGACCCUGACACAACAAUUCACACAGUUGUAACGUGUGGAAAUGAUCAAUGUAUAAAACUCUGGAGAAUUUACUCUCUUAAGUCAAACGAAAAUCUCAAGAACUCCCGACUGAUCCCACCUGGUCCAAGUGAAAGAGAAUCUGGGAAUUCGGUCGUCAAUAGUUCAAGUUUAAUGAAUGCCGAAUGUGUUCUAACAAUAUCCGGACAUGGCUGUUCUGUAACUUGUGUGAGAUUCAAUUCUCGUGGAACUCUCUUGAUAUCAUCAGGUAUGGAUAAGGCUGUAAAGGUUUGGGAUCUACAAGGCAACUGUCUUCAAACUCUACUCGAACAUUCUCGUUAUGUCAAUUGCGUGGCAAUAAAUGGAGAUUCAUCGUUGCUUGCAUCUGGAUCCAACGAUCGGUCAGUUAUAGUAUGGGAUUUGUCAGCUACACUUACACUCGAAUCACACAUUGCCGGAUUCCGUUCGAUCAUAUUCAACAUGGCUGCGAGUGAGAUUGACAUACCAUUGGAACUUAUUUGUCCGAUCACCCAUGAGAUAAUGACAUAUCCUGUCGUAGCAGAAGACGGUUUCACAUAUGAAAAAUCAGCAAUACUCGAAUGGUUCGAUCGUGGUAGGAAUACUUCUCCAAUGACAAAUGAAGAAUUGACAAGUCUCGAUGUAAGCGACAACGAAGAUCUGAAACUUAAGAUUGAAUGUUUCCUUAAAACAUUAGACUUUGAUUCAUUCGAUGGUAUUGCUUGAAAUGUCAUAAAUUAAUGUUGUAUGUGAAUCACUUUUUUGUCGAUGAUGUUGUCUUUAUUUGAAUAAAAAAAGAAUUCGGAAUUUUCACACCACAAUAUUCCAAACGUUGAAA